GACGCCAUUGUGUUGCUUCGAGCAGAAGACUCACAUGUCUGGAUGCUGAGUGGUUCCUCUCAAACAAAACAACAACAAGUCUUCAAAUUUCGAGUAUCAACUUUUCAGAUUAGUAUUAUAUACACAAGCGUCCAGUAGGGGGCGGUUGGGAGCAAACAGACGUUAUUAACUGUAGUAGAAGAAGAGAACGCGGAAGUGAAGCGGAUGUUUUGAGGCUGUCGGCUUGUUUCGUACGUGGUCGGGCUUAAGUCAUUUAACCCUCCUACACGAUGGUUAUUUAAAUAAUGUAAGAAGAUGUCGAAAAAGUCAAAGAAGAGAAAGCACAAAAGGUCAACUUCAUCCUCAGGUGAAGAAGAAAAGAGAUCCAAGUAUCGAGACGACACCAGAAGCUUCAAAAGUGACACUAAGAGGCAUCAUGUGAGCAGCACAGAAAGUUGUGCAGAAAAAGGGAAAAAACAUGACGCCCCCGUUGUUAAAGAAACCUCCCAAAGCACCCGUCAGAUCAAGAAGCCUGUCUACAGACUGACAAAAAGCCAUGCAGCGGACCAGAAACCUGUGAGCAAGGAAGAGGAGAGCAGGAAAACAAAAAGUGUCACUGUGUCAUCCCAUAGGGAACACAGCUCUGGCAAAGCAAAACAUGAUACUUCAGGGAAAGAUAACACUGCCAGUGGGAGUAAGACUGUGGAUAGGGGAACUUCAAAACCCUCCAAACACACACACACAGUUCCUCAGAGAACAGAGGAGACAUCUAAAGGCAGCCGAGAUGAGAAGUCUUCCCACAGGAGUCCUUCCAAAAUAAAAAAGAUAAUGAGUCCCAGUUUGGUUUCUGAUAGACACAAAGAACAUGAAAAAACUGCACUGAAGAGGAGACACACAGCUGAAGAACCAUCAAGGACAAGAGAUGACAGAAACAGUUACCAAGCCAGGGAACUGAGCAGGGGACCGAGCAGGGAACAGAGCAGGGAACCGAGCAGGGAACCGAGCGGGGAACCGAGCGGGAAACCAAGCAGGGAACCGAGCAGGGAACCGAGCAGGGAACCGAGCGGGAAACCGAGCGGGGAACCGAGCAGGGGACCGAGCAGGGGACCGAGCAUGGAACCGAGCAGGGAACCGAGCAGGGAACCGAGCAGGGAACCAAGCAGGGAACCAAGCAAGACUUCCCAUGUAUCCUGGGAGUGUGUUAAGAAGACAGCAAAGGAGCUGGUCCAAGAAACGUGUAGCAGGGAUAAUAAAAAAAUAUUAAAGAUCAAAACACGCCCGUGUACAGAAGUCAAAACGUUCUCUCUCUCCCCCAAAGAAUCCUCUUUCACCUCAGCCAAGCCCUCUACCUCAGUCAGUAGCUCAAAACUGGUGAAUAAUUUCACUCCAGUCCAAGGGAACGUCACCUAUGUACCUUACCAGACAGCGAAGUCAACACCUGCUGAGAAACAAAAAUCAUGUCUGGCGUCGCCUCAGCCUGUUAAAUUUAGGAUACCCAAAAAGGGUCAGACGAGGCCAGUGGGUCGCACCCUUGAGAAUAAAAAUGUUUAUUCUACAAACAAAAAAGGGCCAGAGCCUCCAAAGUCUGCAGCCUCAGAGAACAAACCCAAGAAAAACUCUGUACCGCAAACUCACAGCUGUUUGGCUGCAACACCGACUGUUUCACCUGAAGGACAAACCAAGAGACCGUCUGUGUCAGGCCAGCCUGCAGCUACGACACCUACCCUCACGAAGCCCCGGCAUGACCAGAUCCAGGUGGCUGACAGACUUCAUCUCGCUCGCUCUGAGAAGAGCUUGGAGGUGAAUGUAAUGCAGAGCUAUGAUUGGUCAGGUCAGCUUCCAGCUACGACUGCUACCCCCACGAAACCACGGCAUGACCAGAUCCAGGUGGCUGAGGAGCUUCAUCUCGCUCGCUCUGAGAAGAGGUUGGAGGUGAAUGUGAUGCAGAGCUAUGGGGAGCUCACCUGUAUGGAAAUAGACCCUCCAGAAGAAGCUGCUGAAUCACAAUGCAAACAACCCCUUCAGCAGGACCUGUUCCUGGUUUUGGACACCAACAUUCUGAUCAGUCAUCUGGAUUAUAUAAAGAAGAUCCGAUCUAACGGCCAUAAAGCUCUGGGCUUCCCUGUAGUCCUGAUCCCCUGGGUUGUGCUUCAGGAGCUGGAUUCCCUGAAACACAGGGAUGGUCUGGUGGGCUCUGUGGGUCGCCUGGCCAUCCCCGCCAUCUCGUACAUCCACGACUCUUUGAAGAGCAGGAAACCUCGACUCUGGGGGCAGUCCAUGCAGCAGGCUGCAGAGAGCAGCAAUGAUCUGAAUGCUGAGAACAACGAUGACAGAGUGCUGCAGUGCUGCCUGCAGUACCAGAGUCUGUACCCAGAGUGUGCUCUCAUCUUAUGCACUAAUGAUAAGAACCUGUGCAGUAAGGCGCUCCUGAGUGGGGUGAGGGCGCUCAGCAAGAUUGAUUUGGAGAAAGAGGUUGGCAGCUCCAGUUAUGGCUUUAAUGCUCAGCAAAGUAUUAAAACAUCCACACUCCCUCACACCAGCCCUCAGGUUUCAUCCACAAUCCAGAACAGGAGCUUUACACCCGUGCAGCCUCACAGCCAACAGAGACCGGAGCCUUCUGCAGGGUUUAUAGAGAAAGAUUACGAGCAGCAGAGCAGAGAAGAGGAUGAGGAGGAGGCAAAUUGGGAUCCUAGAUGUGUCUCUGACUUUGAGGACUGCCUGCGUGAGGUGCUGUCUGAUGUUUUAGAGGUGGAGAUGAAAGCAGCUUUUGAUAAUCUCUGGAUUGAGAUAGUUUAUGUAAAGCCACCGUGGACUCUUCAGGAAGUCCUGCAGUGUUUGAAGAAGCACUGGAUUGCUGUCUUUGGCCAAGUUGUCCAACGGAGUCUGCUGCAGACCGUUUUAUAUCUUAUUGACUUCUUCAACUCAGGUAAAAAAAUGGACUGCAGUAACACCAAAGCAGCCCUCCGAGCAGCGAAGGAGUUUUUGAGAGCCUUUGGGAAAAGAUCAAGGUGUGUUCCAGGCGCCAUCUUUCAACUGGAAAACCUUUUCAAUAAGCUUCAACCACAGGUCAGCCAGAUGAAGAGUUAUAGUGGGGAUUCUCCUGCCACUGAUGUUAUCAUGAAUGAAGAUGAUGAAGAAAAACAUCCCACGCCAGCACAGGUCUCUCACCAGGACGUCUGGGACCUGUUCGAGAACAUCUGGUCGAAAGUGUUUCAAACAAGCUUGCAAGUGUUCAAAGCUCUGGGCUUUGACCCUCACACUAUGCAGCCAGCUCAGCCUGCAGGAGGUCCUCCGCCACCACAAGACGCCCUGCUCUGUUUGCACAAUCUGUCCUCCGUGGUCUCACAGCUGCUCCAGGCCUUCAGCAGCGUCUUGUCCUCAGCCCCCGGUUCAGAUGAAGCCCACACAUUGUUCACCGUCAUCCACUCUAAUGAGAUUGUUGAGGUAGACUCCAGGUUGACAGCCCAACACCUUCAUGAGUGUUUCUCACAUCAAGAAUACAGAGAGAAGCUGAGCGCUGGAGGAAGCUGUUUAAUGGAGCUAAAAGGGGCCCUGGAUCGCUGCCUCUGGACCGUUACCCCUCAGUCCUGAUUGGACCAGAAUCAGAGUCUGCUCCUGAAGCACACUGAGGCCUCUGAUCCACUGACAUCCGUUACUUGAAGUAAGAACUGUAAAUUAAAGAGGCGUGUGCUCACCA